AUGGAGUCGAUCAACGAGAACUUCACCAUGACGCACAAAUACCACCGCAGCUGCAAGGCGCAGCACUGCGUCAGCAGGACAGUCUCCACCCGGAGCCAGUGCAGGACCAAGCAGGGGUACUUCGACCGGGUCCCCGCGGAAGUGCUCGACAUGAUACUGGAGUGCCUCUCUGUGGUGGAGAUCAGCGUGUUCAGCAUGGUGUCCAAGGCCAUCAACAGCUACAUCGUGGGCUAUGUGUCCACGCAGGCCUGGGGGAACAGGAUGAUCAUGCUGAAGUUCCACCACCCCGCCUCUCCCACACAGGAGGACUGCAUUCUGGACCACUACAGGUCCCUCGGAGUGUUGUUCAAGAGAUGCACCCUCUUGCUGCCAACAAAGGACAGAUUAAAGUUUAUUUAUAGCAAGUUUUCAAAGGUCCCCUGUUUUACAAUGGAGCGUUGUACAUCAUCUCCUGGCUGUUUGGGCUUUGCCAGCUAUGGAGUGUUUCUGCAGACGUUGAUAGCCGGCUGGGACGAGUUGGAGUGCCACCGUGUGUUCAACUUCCUGUGCGAGUUCACCAAUCUCCCCCGCAAGAUUGAGACCAUCGUCAAUGGAAAGCCUGGGGCGUCCCACAGGCUGGAGCUGCAGAUCCGGCUCUUCUGCAGGAACGUGCUGCUGGACCCCUGGCAGAACCGGCGGGACACUCUGUUCUGGCUGACCCGCAUCCUCAAGCUGUGGCCCAUGGUCUGUCAGGCCCGGCUGCUCUUCAUCCUCUACGGCCCCCUCCUCCCAGACGGUAAGAUCGGCUGGCACGAGAUGCUGGACGGCGUGGUGGCGCAGUGUGCGCUCUGGGACCUGGCCAAGGCUGUGGUCCUGCUGAACACGGACGCGGAUGCCAGGGACUGGUCCGCCGACACCCUGCUGGGAAUCAUCGAGGAGAUGACGGUGCUGCCCGAGGCCUGGCACACGGAGAACACCGCUCGCCUGCUGGUGCUGUGCGGGAACAACAUCUGCUACAGCGUGCUGGCCAGCAGGGCCGUCAACCGCCGCUUCCUGGAGAUCUCGCGCCUCCUCGUCUUCCUCAUUCUGGUGUGCGAGAAGGACGGCUUCUGCAUGUCCUGGCCCGUGAAGAUGGUGCAGCAGAUCUGCAAGGUCUUCCCCGCCUCCGAGGACAAGUGGUCCUUCGUCAAGGGCGUGGAGAGCAUGCUCUCGGAGGUCGCCAUGGAGAUGUAUGAGGUCAUCAUGGCGGGUGACCGAAACGAGGAGCUGGACACAUUCCAGAGCCUCUGCAACAUGCUGAACGCCAGCUCCCACUUCCACACAGAGAUGGUCUACAUGUUCCUCAAGAAGGAAUGA